AUGGGCUCCAAAGAGGCAUUCCGGCGUAUCAUAUUCUGCGUCUUGUUUCUAUUCUUGCUUCUAUUCUGUAUGGGUUGCAAAUGCUUAACCUCAGAGGUAAACGGGACCCAACUGGCUGUCCUCAAGGUUGAUGUCUCAGCACAAAAUGCUCGAAAAAUCCCGGAUACACUCUUCGGGAUAUUUUUUGAGGAGAUCAACCAUGCUGGAGCAGGUGGAAUUUGGGCAGAGCUUGUCAGCAACAGAGGUUUUGAAGCUGGAGGACCUAAUACUCCAUCUAGCAUUGAACCUUGGUCCAUAAUUGGAAAUGAAUAUACCAUAUCUGUGGCGACUGAUCGGUCAUCAUGUUUCAGUAGAAAUAUCAUCGCUCUAAGGAUGGAGGUUCUCUGUGGUGACUGCCCAGCUGGUGGUGUUGGCAUUUACAAUCCAGGAUUCUGGGGCAUGAACAUAGAAGAUGGAAAGAGUUACAGUCUUGUCAUGUAUGCUAAAUCAUCAGAAAAUACAGAGUUGAUAGUUUCACUAACAAGCUACGAUGGGUUGCAAAACCUAUCUUCAGCUACCCUACGAGUUCCUGGCACAUCAAAUUGGACAAAACUUGAGAAGAAGUUGGUUGCUAAAGGAACGAACAGAACCUCAAGGCUUCAAAUUACAACUAACAAGAAAGGAGUCAUAUGGUUUGAUCAAAUAUCACUCAUGCCUUCAGACACGUACAAGGGACAUGGCUUUCGGAAAGAACUUGUAUCGAUGCUUUUGGAUUUAAAGCCACAAUUCCUGAGAUUUCCUGGAGGUUGCUUUGUGGAAGGAAAUUGGUUAAGAAAUGCAUUCAGGUGGCGUGAGUCUGUUGGUCCGUGGGAGGAGAGGCCUGGACACUUUGGUGACGUUUGGGGUUAUUGGACUGAUGAUGGACUUGGAUAUUAUGAGUUUCUUCAGCUUUCUGAGGACCUGGGUGCUGCCCCAAUAUGGGUGUUCAAUAAUGGGAUUAGCCACAAUGAAGAAGUUAAUACCGCUGCUAUUGAUCCUUUUGUAAAGGAUAUACUGGACAGCCUAGAGUUUGCAAGAGGGAGUAAAAACUCAACAUGGGGCUCUGUUAGAGCUGCAAUGGGGCAUCCUGAACCAUUUCCAGUCAAAUAUGUUACAAUUGGAAAUGAAGACUGUUCAAAAAAAUUUUAUAAUGGUAAUUACCUCAAGUUCCAUAGUGCUAUAAGAGAGGCCUAUCCGGACAUUCAAAUGAUCUCAAACUGUGAUGGUUCAUCCAAACCACUUGACCAUCCUGCAGAUCUAUAUGACUUCCAUGUCUAUGGGGAUUCUAAUACUUUGUUUUCUAUGAAGAACAAAUUUGACAACGCACCUCGGACUGGGCCAAAGGCAUUUGUCAGUGAGUAUGCCGUAUCAGGUAAUGGUGUAGGCAGAGCAACUCUUCUUGCUUCACUGGCAGAGGCUGCUUUCCUUACUGGACUGGAGAGGAAUAGUGAUGUUGUUCAGAUGGCCAGUUAUGCACCACUCUUCAUCAAUGAUAAUGAUCGCGCGUGGAACCCAGCUGCUGUUGUCUUCAACUCCUGGCAACAGUAUGGGACUCCUAGUUACUGGAUGCAGACGAUUUUCCGUGAAUCAAGUGGUGCCAUGCUGCAUCCAGUGACAAUCGACUCCGUCUACUCUAAUUCAUUAGCAGCAUCUGCAAUAACCUGGCAAUCCAGUAACGGUAGCUUCUUGAGAGUGAAGAUAGUAAACAUUGGGUUCAACCCUGUGAACCUCAUGGUAUCCACAACUGGUCUGAAAGCUUCAGUUAAUACGCGGAAAUCGACGGUCACUAUUUUCACAUCCAAAAAUCCAUCGGAUGAAAACUCAUUCAGUAACCCCACUAAUGUUGUACCGGUUACAAGAGAACUGCCCGAUGCUGGAGAAGAGUUGUCUGCCUUCCUUGGUCCUUGCUCAUUUACUUCCUUUGAUCUUGCUCUGGGUCAGUAGAAACAUGUUCCCUGAAAUGAGCUCUCUAAAUCAAAUACAAAAUCAUGUAUUACGUGUGUGAAUAUGGUGUGUGUGUCAGUCUUUUACCCCUAUGCCAUUAAAAUAGAUGGUGGCUACCUUUAGGGUCAAUUGCAUAAUUGGUUUUACUUUGGAGUUCAAUUGUAGAUUUAGCUCUAUUUUUUCAGUUUACAGAUUUAGCCCCGCUUUUCAAAAUCGAAGCUCACUUUUUGGCCCUACUCCGUUAAGGCAUG